AUGUCUCGAAUGAUUCAAGACUCUGCCCUCAGCGCUUUCGUACGAUUGUGCCUUCACAGAAGUUACUGGCCUCAACCUUUAUCUGAUCUUGAGGAAGGUGCUAGACGGUCCACUGAAGAAACACCUGUCGACAAGGAUAGAAACUCAGUGAUCCUAGUCACAUGGCAUGGCCCGGAUGAUGUCGACAAUCCGCUCAACUUUGGUUCCACUAAGAAAGGGGCAAUUACUGCACUGACCUGCCUCUACACCUGGGCAAUCUAUGUCGGCUCUUCCAUAUACACAUCCAGUCAACCCGGCAUCGAGGAACACUUUGGCGUCGGCAAUUUCGAAUCAUCCCUGGGAUUGGCUCUGUACGUCCUGGCAUACGGUCUGGGAGGUCUCCUUUUCUCGCCGCUCUCAGAAGUUCCCUCAAUAGGACGAAACCCUCCUUACGCCAUCUCCGGAGCGCUGUUUGUGAUACUGUGCAUUCCAACAGCCCUCGUCAACAACUACGCCGGCCUCAUGAUCCUCCGUUUCCUCCUUGGUUUUAUGGGCUCUCCUUGCUUGGCUACAGCUGGAGCAACACUGGGGGAUAUUUGGGGACCAAUGCAGUUUCCAUACUUUAUUGGGCUCUGGGCUGCCACAACAUCAUUCGGACCCGCUCUGGGACCGCUGUUAUCGUCCUUCGCCGUCGAGUCUCUGGGCUGGAGAUUCUCCAGCUGGGAGCUUCUGAUCAUCUCUGGCUCCUUUUAUGCGGUGUUCAUGGCCCUGGUCCCGGAGACGUCGGCGCCGACGAUUCUUUACUAUCGGGCAAAGCGACUCAGGGAGCUGACCGGUGAUUCGAGUUUCAAGUCACAAGAAGAGAUCAAGCAAGCGGAUCUUACAGCCACUCAGCGCUUGUGGGAUUCAAUCAUCAAGCCAUGGGAAGUCAACAUCAAGGAUCCCGCCUUGUUGUUCAUGACACUGUACAUGGGCUUGAUAUACGCGAUUGUCUACUCCUUCUUCGAGUCUCUGCCCCUUGUCUACCCACCCAUGUACGGCUUCUCGCUCACCUCGACGUCGCUGAUCUGGUUAGCUGUUCCUCCUGCUGCCGGUAUCGGCUUCGUGCUGCACUGUGUUUGGCUCUCGAGACGCGUUCAGCCCAAGAUGCGGGAUGGCACAUUUGGCGAUCUGGAGAAUUUCCUCGAGACAGGCGUUGCGGCGAGUGUUCUGAUGCCUUUAUCAUUGUUCAUGUUCGCAUGGACGGCCCGCCCGUCCAUCCACUGGAUGGUUCCAACCACAGCUGUCUUUCUCUACAUGGUUGCCCAGUACUUCCUGACCAACGCCGUCUUCUUGUACAUACCCUCAAUCUACCCUCGUUAUGCUGCAAGCAUCUUCGCCGCCAACAGCGUUGCGAGGGCUGUCUUGGCCUUUGUCGCUGUGCUCGUGGGACGGCCGAUGUUCAAGGGCAUCGGCAUCGAUGGGGGCGUGAGCCUGUUGGCGGCUCUCACUGCCGUGUGCGCUGGACUUUUGGCCGGCCUAUACUGGAGUUGGGGGAAGAAGUUGAGGGCGAGGAGUCGAUUUGCUGCUUGA